CACCGACGGAGAAAGAGCCACCGAAACCGGAGAGCCAUGGGGAACUCGCAAGACAAGGAACAGAAGAAGGAAGAAUCCUCACCGCCGCCUCCGCCGCUUCACCGGGAUGACGCCGACGAGGAAGACGAGACCGUGAAGCAGCUCGGAGACUGCUCCUCCAUCUACCUCUCCCUUCAGGAAUGUCUAGUGAAUACAGACAGGAACUGGAAAGCUUGCCAAAAGGUUGCCGACCACCUGUUUGUUUAAAUGCUCCACAGAGGUCCAAGCUUUGAAGGCCUGCAGUGAGAAGAGGAAAGAGCAGAACCAAGGGAAAUGAAGUUCUUCAGCUUGCUGCAUUUUAUUGGAAAACCAAGUUUCUCUAUGUUUUGCUAAUUGCCAUCACGAAUACUAUUUGCUCAAAUCAAAUCCCCAUUUUCGGGUUUUAGUCUUGUAAUUCUGUGAUGGUUAGAAUUGAGACAAAACAUGUCAAGAAUGAGGCAAAGAUAUGACGAGAUCAUGCUCACGUCGAGCUCGAUCGAGCGAUUCAUGUAAAAACUGACCACCUCUGCAUAAUACUGAAACAAGGGGGAUCUGUGCCAUUCAUAAUAAGAACACAAGUCAUGUUUCAGACACGGAGCUUACAGUAGCGUACUUCCCAGUGUCAGCCACUGCCCACUGGGAAGGAGAUUUUCUCCCCCAAGAUGGGAUUGCAAAUGUGGGCAUAAUCCCAGUCUUCUUCAUUCUUUUGGGAGAGACAGAUUAACCAUGGCAAGAUCCUCCCGCCGUGAACUCAAACGUCUGGUAAGUUUACACCACGAUAGAAUAGACCUCCAUUCUCUCUACCCACCUCGAAGCCAAUGACGUCGCUAGCAGCUUGUUCCU